AUGGCGAAACUUAGAGUGAAAAAACGUAGUGUUGUUUUAAUCCCAUACACUUACCAAGGCCAUGUAACACCCAUGCUUCAGCUUGGGAAAAUCCUUCAUUCUAAAGGGUUCUCUGUCAUUGUAGCUCACCCGGAUUUCAAUUCUCCAAAUCCUUCAAAUCACCCCGAAUUCGUCUUCCUUCCAUUGGAGGCCAAUUUAUCUGGUUUGGACACCUCAAAUGAUAUCCUCGGAGUGAUGUCGGCGAUGAACCAGAGUUGCAAAGCUCCCCUGGUGGAUUACUUGGUUCCAAUGAUCAAGGAUCAAGAGAAGUAUGGUCAAAUAAGUUGUAUUAUCUAUGAUAUCCUUAUGGGCUUUGGGAACUCUGUGGCUGUUCAGUUAAAGAUUCCCAGUCUGGUUCUAAGCACCUGUAGUGCAUUUUACAUGCAAACUUAUCGCAUCGUCUUGAAACUUCAGGCACAAAAUCAGAUCCCUUUGCGAGAGGCGAAGAUGUUGGAGCCAGUCCCUGAGCUCCAUGCACUUAGGUACAAGGAUUUAGUCGCACCUGUUAAUGUUAAAAUUGAUGAUGUAGUCAUGGAUUUCUUCACGGCAAUGGCUAAUAUAGGGUCCUCUGUUGGCAUCAUUUGGAACACGGAAGAAGGUCUUGAUCGCUUCGCAUUGGAAGAAUUCAGGCAAAGUUACAAAGUUCCAUCUUUUCCCGUAGGUCCAUUUCACAAGAUGAAGGGCGGGAGUUCUUGCAAGUCAUUGGAUGACUUGACAGAGUUCAUCUGCUCAUUCCCAUUGAUCAAUUGA